AAUCAAAUCCAAAUAACACCAGAUACUCUCCGAAUUCCAACAACAGAGAGCACCUCGCGCCUUUCCAAAUUGAAGUCACAUCUGUACUCAAAAUGUCCGGUAUGAUAACGGUGCGUCGCUUCAUCGACUUCUUCCUGUUUGUCGUACUAAUUUGCGUCGUGAUCGCGCUGUCCCACUUGAUGCCGCUACAGAAGCGCGGCUUCUUUUGUGGCGAUGAGUCGUUGCAGUACCCCUUCACCGGCAAACAGACUUUUGGUUUUGGCGCGCUAUGCAUUGUCGCCCUUGGCAUCCCCUUCUUCGUCAUCCUCACCGUGGAACUCUUUCGACAGCUAUCGCCUAGCCGUGGCAAACAGCAUGGGCAUGUAGCGCACGAAUCCAACGACGACUCUUGCCGCUGCGGACGCCGCUGGAAGAAUAUCUACGCACAGCUCGGCUACUAUUUGCUGGGCAUGCAGAUGACGCUAAUCGCCACCGAGAUACCAAAGCGCGCCAUCGGGCGCCUGCGCCCAUACUUCUUCAGCAUUUGUAAACCACGUCUGGCCGAUGGCACCAACUGUGACAUUGAACUCAAUGAAGGCCAAUACUUCGCCGAAUACACUUGCGAAAAUGAUCUUAGCCAGAAAAUGAUGGCCGAAAUGGCAAAGUCCUUUCCCAGCGGACACUCCUCACUCGCAUUCUACGCUAUGGCUUACAUCGCAUUGUACCUGCAAGUGGCGAUCAGUACACGCGGCUCCAAGCUACUCAAGAAUUUGCUGCAAUUUGGAUUUGUUAUGUUGGCUUGGCUUGUGGCGCUGACACGCGUCACCGAUCACUGGCAUCACUGGUCCGAUGUGCUGGUGGGUAUACUGUUGGGCACGCUAUUUGCGUGGUUGGUGGCGCGAUACGUGGCCAAGUUGUUUGAGGGCCGGUGCUUGACAUCCACAUUAGCCGCGUCGGAAAAAAUAAUGGCGCAUGCCAGCAUAGCCUCCGCGUCGGCGCAAUCGGCGACACCGGCAUUGCCUGCGUACACAUUUGGCAGUGUGCCGUAUCUGCAGCACCACGGACCAAAUAACGCCGCCGAGGAUCAGAUAUACCGCAAUUACGGCUACGUGGCAUAA